AUGUUUAAGACGGGAGGUGACCGCAUGUUGACAUCUGUUUUCUUCUCGCGGCCACUGAAGAUUCGACAAGAGGCGAACGAAGGACUCGCAGACUUUGGCCAGAGCGACUUCGUGCUGGACUGCCUGGAAUGGCACAACAGGUUUCGCAUUCAUCACAGGGCUCCUCCGCUCAGGUUAUCUUACAAGCUAUGCAAUCUCGCUCAAUACUGGGCAAACCAUUUGGCUCACACCAACGAUUUCCACUACAAGAAGUUCGAAGGCCUUGGGGAGAACCUCUUCUGCCGCUGGUCUUACGUUCCAAACUUUGACGUUACAGGGGAGCAAGUAGCCAAAUACUGGUACAGUUAUGUCAAGUACUACAACUUCUACCAGGAGCCCUCACUGUUACAUGUACAGGCAGGUCACUUCAGCCAAAUGGUAUGGCUCCGCAGUACGGACUUCGGCGUGGGCCGAGCAAGCACCCGUCAAGGGAAAAUCAUAGCCGUGGCCAUGUACAAGCCAGCAGGGAACAUCAUUGGAGAAUUCCAUCAUAAUGUCCUCCCGCCUAUUCUCCCGGACAGCUCGGACGACGGGAGCGUGACCGCGCCAUAUGGUCUGGUACCACCAUCUCCACGGAGGCCUCUCAACAGAAUGACGUGUCCGGCGCAGGGUUCCCCAGAAGAGCCCAUGUGAUAUCAAGUGUGUCCUUAGUAAAGUGUCUGUG